AGCAGCCACCCUCAAACUCAAACUCAGAGAGCUCAACAAAUUUGUCGAGCAUUUCCAUUUCCGUUUCAGCCCCGUCUCUGAGCAGAGUGUUGCACGCGCGCGGAUUACGCUCAGCCAGCAGCGGGAUAAGCGAACAGCAGCAGCAGCAGCGACAGCAGCAACAGCAGCGACAGCAGCAGCCUUAGAGAUAUUCAGAGAUAGCGCGCCGGCAUCAGUGACAGUCGAUUGGCUGCAAUCAAGGUGACAACAACACGUCGCGGCAAAUUUUAUAACGAAGUCAAGUCAAUUAUAGAAAAAUAAAUAACAGAACAGAACUGAUUACAAGUGAAGUGAACUAAGCGAAAUAAAGAACUACAGUGCGUGAUAAAAGUGCAAAGUGCUUCGAACUUGCGACAUGGUGAUGUUGCAAUCGCCAGUGCAAAAACCCAGCGACACAAUUGGGGCACAGCCCACGGCCGUCGGCGGCCUCAUGAGUCCCAACUCCAAUCCCGAUUCGCCCAAGUCCAACACAUCGCCCGAGCUGGCGAAUGCUGCUGGCAAUCAGCUCGGCUCAGCUGCUGUCGAUGUCAGCGUCUCGAGUAGCGCCUCCUCCGCGGUGGCCACCAGCAUCAGCAUUAGCACCGCAGCAGCCAAGAUACCCAAGUUCAUUAUCAGCGCCAGCGGUUCGGCUGCCAAGCAGGAGCAGGAGCUGCGCUACUCUAUUGAGCGACUGAAGCAAAUGACCAGCGAAUCGGGACUGCUGAGUCGCCUAAGUCCCACCCAAGAAGACAGCGACAAGGAGAAGCUCAACAACAACAAUAAUAACAACAAUAAUUUGACCAACAAUAAUAAUGCUCGCCGUUCGCAAUCGCCGCCAACUGGCGUCGGCAGCUUCACGUUGCCCGCGCAACAACGCAAGUUGCUCGAGUUGAAUGCCGUGCGUCAUUUGGCGCGUCCCGAGCCACUGCAGCAUCCACAUGCAGCACUGCUGCAGCAGCAUCCACACUUGCUGCAGAAUCCACAGUUCUUGGCUGCUGCCGCGCAGCAUCAUCAUCAACAGCAGCAGCAACAGCAGCAGCAGCAACACAUGCAUCAUCAUCAUCACCAUCAUCCUGCGCAUCCGCUGCCACAUCAUCCAGCUGCUUCGGUUUAUCAUCUGCGCGCUCCCAAUGCAACAGCUCCACCAUCGCCCGCCACUUCGCCACUGUCGCCACCAACAUCGCCGCACACUGGCGUCCAACAGACGACACAUUCCGAGCCGCAGACUACAGCAACAGCAACAGCAACCACUUUGGCUGCUCAUUCCGCGCUUCCAGCACCACCGUCAACGCUGCCACCACCGCCACAACCUGGCAGCAACGACAUGGAUCUGGAACGCAUUAAGCUGGUCGCUGCGGUUGCUGCCCGCUCCAAUCAGCAACAUCAAGUGCCCAGCACAUCAACAGUUGCUGCUUCCACCUCUGCCUCCAACUCAACAGCGGCCACAGCGGCCUCGACCAGCUCCGUCUCCGCGUCUGCCUCGCCCACUGGCCGCGACUUAAGCGAUUAUGGCUUCAGAAUACAACUGGGCGGCCUUGCAGCGGCGGCUGCGGCAGCAGCAGCCACAUCGCGGCAAAUUGCGGCCGCUAAUUAUGCGCGUAGCGACACCAGCGAGGAGCUCAAUGUCGAUGGCAAUGAUGAGGACAGCAACGAUGGCUCUGGUUCGCACAGCACGCCGUCGGUCUGUCCCGUGGAUCUGACGCGUUCUGUGCCCAGCAGUGCGAGCAAUGCGAACUCCGCCUCGACCUCGACGGGCAGCGACAGGGAAGCGGCAACGAAGCGUCUGGCCUUCUCCGUGGAGAACAUAUUGGAUCCGAAUAAGUUUACGGGCAACAAGCUGCCAGCUGCAACAUCGCCACCCUUUGGCCAUCCGCGGCAAUGGAGCUAUGAGCGCGAUGAUGAAAUGCACGAGCAUCUGGAUGAUGAGCACAGCGAGGAUAUGUCUGCUCAGGAUCUCAAUGACAUGGAUCAGGAUGAUAUGUGCGACGAUGGCAGCGACAUUGACGAUCCCAGCAGCGAAACGGACUCCAAAAAAGGCGGCAGUCGUAAUGGCGAUGGCAAGUCCGGAGGCGGAGGCAGCGGAGGUUCAAAGCCACGGCGUGCUCGCACAGCUUUUACCUAUGAGCAGCUAGUGUCGCUGGAGAACAAGUUCAAGACGACGCGCUAUCUGAGUGUCUGUGAACGCUUAAACUUGGCUUUGAGUUUGAGUUUGACCGAGACACAGGUCAAGAUCUGGUUCCAGAAUCGACGCACCAAGUGGAAAAAACAGAAUCCCGGCAUGGAUGUGAAUAGUCCGACGUUGCCCCCGCCCGCCGGUGGCUCCUUUGGACCCGGCGCCUAUGCCAGCAGUCUGCUCUAUCCCCAUGCCGUGCCCUAUCCACCCUAUGGACCCUAUUUCCAUCCGCUGGGGGCGCAUCACUUGAGCCACUCGCACUCAUAAAAUUGCAAGAUGCAACAGCGUUUGUUGCAACUCUUCGAGAAGCGUGCCAAGGGGGCAACAGCGGAGGCGCCUUGAGCACGCAUUGUAAAUGUCCAAUUGCUUUAAAUGUUGUCGUCGCACCUGUAAAUAGUUCUUGUAUAAAUUCAUAUUAAAUAAUUAAACUAAAUAUUGUAGUGCUUAACCAAAGAUGUUGCUAAGUCACAUUAACUUGAUAAUAUUAAUUAUUUUUAGCACCUAAGUGACAUGCAGAAUCAAAAGA